AUGGAUGACUCCACUGAGUCGCACCCACUUCCUCUAGAAUUCCUCCUGGACGACCAACUUAUCAUGGCCAAAAAAGCCGAGCUACUGGAUCCGAAGUCAGGGCGGGCGGUAUAUCGCUUGGAACUUACAAAUGCACCCUCCCUACCUCCUACAGUGAUUCUCAAGAAGCAGAAACCCGGGUGGGAAGAUGAGUUCAAUAACGAAAUCAAAGCCUACAACCUCUUAUCUCGUCUGCAAGGGACGGUCAUUCCGAUACUCUACGGCGAAGCCAUGUACGACGGAUCCCCCGCCCUUGUUUUAUCUGUGAUCUCAGGGACCACUUUGCUUGAGCUCGCCCAUGGAAAUUUUCCCGAAAGCGAAGAGGCGGCCCUGGAAGUAAAGAUUGUCGCAGCGCUGCAGGCUUUGGUGAAGUACGGGGCCCAGUAUAUGGACGAGAGAUUGGAUAACUUUCUGUUGGACGACGAAGAUGGACAGGUGAAGAUUGUGGACCUUGAGCAUGCGAAACUUUCCUCCUCAAAAGUCUGGCCGGAAAGCUUCAAUUACGAUACCACUAGGUAUCUCAUGUAUAAUAAGUUCACAAUAGCUCGCGAUCCGGAUUCUCUUCCAUAUGUGGAUCCUCGGGCCUACCAUCUUAUGGAGCAUCAUUAUAGUCCUCCUCCUAUCGAGAUUGGCAGUGAUGAAUAUCGUGGAGAGAGUGAUUCUGAAGGCAGCAUUGGAAAAUAG